UUAAAAUCCUAGAGAUCUUCAUUAAAAUAAAGUAAAUAUGAUAAAAAAUACAUAUAGUGACUUGAAAUAAUAUAAUCAUUUUGUAGUACUGUUUGACACGACUCACUAUCUAAAGUAUAAAUACACCUAAGAAAUAUUACAAACUGGUAGUUUGAAUAAAAUUAUAAGGGAUUGUGACAUCAAGAAGCAUUGUGAUGGUAAUAUUGAAAAAGAUGCAAAAAUAAAAAUGGGUGAACAAAGUGUCUCUGUGUCCUUAAAAGAAGCUAUAAAUAAUAUUAUAAAGAGAGAAAACUAUUCCACAUAUGAACUGAACAUUAAUAAUGUAGCACUGGAUGGUGGCAACUUUCUGGCAACACUGACUAAAGCUGAUAUAAAAGGAAAAGUUGCAGAUGUAAAUAAAGAAAUAAAUCUAUUUAUAAAAAAUGUAAUAAAAGGCGAUCUCAUAACAUAUUUGUCGGUGUCGAAUAUCCACAAUAGAGAAUUACUGGCGCAUAAUGAAUUUCUUAAAAUAUAUACUAAACUACAAGAGGAAGCCCAGAUACCUUUAGAAGAAAGAUAUGAAACAGUAAAAUGCUAUGAGGAGAGUACAUCAGAUUUUAUUAUUUUAGACAACUUACAGAAAAAAGGCUUCACAACUGUUAAUAGAUUGGAACCAGUCACUUUGCAUUAUGCAGAGACAGCUGUGAAGCAACUUGCAAAAUUUCAUGCAUUAUCUUUUGUAUUGAAAAAGAGAAUGCCGGAAUACUUUAAUGAGAAAAUUAAACCUCUCAGAGUAGUAAUGGAUUAUGACGAUGAAAACUGGCAGAAGCUUGUUAGAAAUACUAGCUAUGUAACAAUUAACAGUUUGCACGAUGAGAAUAUUAAAAAGAAGUUGGUAGAUGUAAUACCGAGGAUAAUUAAAAAAACUCCAGAAUACUAUUUAGAUACAACUACGGGUAUUCUAUGUCAUGGAGACUACAGAACUACUAAUCUUAUGGUGAAAAUAAAUAAUGGUGAAAUAACUAAUUUCAUUGCCAUCGACUACCAGUUCAUGCACUAUGGCAAUCCGCUCAACGAUUUGAUGUUCUUCAUCUUCACGGGAACUGACCAGCAAUUCAGGAAGAACCAUUUGGAGUAUAUCAAGAAUUUGUACCACGACACGUUGGGAACCUUCCUCAAAUACUUCAACAUGGAUGUGGAGAAUCUGUAUCCAAGGAAGGAUUACGAAAAGCUCUAUAGAAACAGGAUAGAAUCGGGUCUCUUAAUAGCUGUUUGGGUGCUGCCCUUUGUUUUUGCCUCUGAAGAGGACGCGCCCGUUUUUUCCAAAGAGUCUCCGUCUGAGAUACAGUUUAAUGUGAAUAAAAAUAUCAAAGAGAGGUGUAUGGGUAUCGUUGAAGAUUUUAUAGAAUGGGGCUAUCUAUAAUUAGUUAUAGGUACCUACAUAAUCAAUAAAACUCUUGUAUCAAACUUGGGCACAUAUAAACAAAUCUAUUAAAAACUACAAGCUUUUAUAACCAUUAGACUUCAUCAUCCGACUUUGGGUACCUCACAAGGUUUUAGUUUUUCUCAAGAC